AUGGUUUUAGACGCUUCUUCUGCUACUUCCCACUUAAAAUCCUAUUCUAAUAAGGAUGGAUUAGAUGUCAAGACAUUAAUCGAUUCUGCGAACUUUGGUGGUUUAACUUACAAUGAUUUUUUGGUUUUACCAGGCUUGAUUGACUUUCCUUCUUCAAAGGUUGGAUUGGAUACUAAGUUAACUAAGAAGAUCGCGUUAAGAUCUCCAUUCGUUUCUUCUCCUAUGGAUACCGUUACUGAAGAAAACAUGGCUAUUCAUAUGGCUUUGUUAGGGGGAAUUGGUAUUAUUCACCACAACUGUAGUGCCGAUGAGCAAGCAGAAAUGGUCAGAAAAGUCAAGAAGUACGAAAAUGGGUUUAUCAAUGACCCAUUUGUCAUUUCUCCAAAUGAAACUGUUGGAGACGUUAGAAAGAUGAAGGCUGAAUUAGGUUUCACUUCGUUCCCAGUGACUGGUAUGUAUUAA